CACAAAACCGUGUAAAGUGAACUUCUAAGGGAACUUCAUUUAAUUAAUAAUGUCCGUAUAUUCUUAUAUGCCUUCUAGUUUUUACAGGUUUAUUUGUAAAUAAUAGCCUCUAUUGGAUAACUCCAUACAUCAUACUUCCUUCACUAAGCACUUCGUGAGCCAGGACAUGCUGAAAUAUUAAACUGAGUUUUGUUUUUUGUCCAAGACCAAAUAAUGACUGAGGAAACUGAACCAGGAGCACUAAAGAGCUCUGAGCCUUCAAUGAAUCGACAUAAACCGGCAUCAGAGACAACUCAGGACAUAUCUCAUCUUCUGGCAAGCAUAUUCAAAGACCUUUACACCAUAGAGGUAAUUGGGAAAGAUAUUGUUUCUAAUCUCAGUAAAUCACGAAGGGGAGGCAACAACUACCAUGAAAAAUAUGUAGAGAAGCUGCAACAGGUAACUUCUGAAUACAACAGACAAAUUCAAAAUGCUGAUAUGCUGGAGACGCAUAUAAUUCAGGCCCGUCUACAAGCUGCUGCAAAAGAGGAGCAUGACCACAAUAAAAUGAUGGAGGAAGUGGGUGAGGCCUACCAUCAGCUGGGCCUGCCACCAGUUAAAUCAGCCUUCAAGUGGUGUGUGGACAGUGAGCUCCUAAAGAGUAACAACUUGAUCUGCCCCCUGGACUAUACAACAGAGCACAUCCCAGCUAUUAAAAGACCAAAAGGCAAGUUCACCCCUGGUUUUGCCCAGCCAACUGUCUCCUAUAGCAUGCACAUCCACACUGAACCACAGGAUGACAAUUACACACUGAUGCCCCCACCUGCACAUACAGCCCAAAGCCUGAUGGAACAAUCGGAGGAGUCACUCACUCUUCCUUCCUCUCCGGAGUCUAGGUCCAUCAAGGAUGCUUCAGCUGAGAAGUUAGGCCAGGUGCAUAAGGUGCUUUGGAUGGAGCCCAGUGCUCAGAGUCGGACAGAAGAGUUGGCUGCCCUUCAGAAGCACAAAGAGCGACACAAAUUCUUGCGCAACCCUCGCUUCCUGCUCCCAAAUGCUCAGCGUGGGGGAAAAUCCCUCAUCGUGCCAGGGAAGAAGCCGGAAAAUGGGGCAAAUGGCAUGUACACUGGCGCAGAAAGUCCUGAGGCUCCUGCUCCCAUCUUUCUUGUGAGUCCACCUGUGAUCUUCUUCACAGACUACAGAGUAGGACGAGUCUAUGAGACUGCAGUGGAGCUAAAAAACAUGACUGCAACCAGCCGUCACGUGCGCCUGAUUCCUCCAACCUCUCCACACUUCUCUGUUGGUUUGGGCAAGUUUCCUGGUGAGGGGGGAAUUGUAGCACCUGGUAUGAGCUGCCAGUAUAUGGUGCGGUUUGCUCCAGACUCUCUGGCUGAUUAUGAGGACAUCCUAAUCGUGGAGACACAGUCGCCAGAUCCACUCAUUAUACCAGUGGAGGCUCGCAGGCCACCUCCAAUACUGACUUUGCCUGCUGUCAUAGACUGUGGUUACUGUCUGGCAGGAGGGGUGAAGUUUAUUGAGGUUUUAUGUCGAAAUGAAGGGCUAAGUGCUGGAACAUUCUGUGUAAUGCCUAAAAAACAGUGGCCUGCCUCGAGCCUCAGGUCUACAGUGAAGGCCACUUUUGCAGAACAGCCUCCAUUUGCCAUCAGUCCCUCUCUUUUUGGUCUUCAGCCUGGACAAGCCACUGUCAUAGAGGUUUUCUUUUUCCCCACGAUGGCUGAGAGCUGUGCACAGGAAUUUACCAUUGUCUGUGACAACUGCCAAGUAAAAAAUGUCACCCUUCAAGGUACAGGUCAGCUGAUCACAGUUGAGCUGGUUUCAGUAGCAGUUGGAGAGGAUCAGCCUGAAUUUGGUGAAUUGUUUGAUCUCACGGCUGACCAUUUUGUACGAUUUGACUCAACCAAUCCACACUCAACCUUACAGAAGAGUGUGUUCAUAAAAAACCAUGUACACUUGGAGCUGCCAUUCCAGUGGCAGAUCAUGAAACCCGACAUCCAAUCUCAUUUUCCUGGAGAGACUCCAGACCCCUCCAGCAUUCAGUAUUAUGUUGAUACAGACUGUGUGUUCAGCAUCAGCCCUGCCAUGGGCACCCUGGCCCCUGCAGAAGAACAUGAGUUCCUGUUCACAUACUGUCCCCAGGAGCUGAAAGAGUACCAAAGUGUCUGCCACUUGGUAAUCAUGGAUGUUCCAGAUCCACCCAGAAUCACUGAAGAUGGGAUGUGUCAGAGUCUUGACACAGCACUCCAUGUAAACGAUGUGACAUGUUUAGUGAUUGAGCUGAAAGGUUCCACUGAGCCAUAUAAGAUCCUUCUUGAGCCAUAUGCUGUUUUAAUACCAGGGGAGACCUACAUACACACCAUAAUCCGCAAGAGCUUCAAGAUGUGGAAUCACAGCAGGUCUGUCAUUCACUUUAAAUGGGAGCAGAUUAUUGACUGUCACAUAAUUCAAGUGGAGCCAUCUACAGGAGAAAUAGAAAUGAAUGAGUGUUUCGACCUGGAGCUGGUUCUGACUGGAGGGAAACCAGGUCAUUUUACCUCCACACUGCAGUGUCACAUUCAGCACCAUCACAAGCCUGUAGGGCUGACCAUUGAGGCCACAUUUAAGGGGCCACACUGUGUAGUGAAUAUACCCAGUCUAAAUUUUGGUUUGCUGCAAAUGGGAGAUGAGAGCAUCUCUACCAUUGAUAUCACCAACAGCAGUCUGCUAGAUGCCCACUGGUGCCUAGAUGAACUGCCCAACAUCCAUUCCUCAAAUCCCAUUGAGGGACUGUUGGAUAUAAAGCCGAGUAAAGGUGUUCUGCCUCCCCUGGCAUCCUGUAGUGUGGAUGUAGUCUUCAGAGGCCUUUACUGCCAGUGCUUUGAGUCUGUCCUGCAGCUUACGGUGCUGAACGGCACUGGCUGUCACCUCUCUGUGCGGGCAGAUGUUCAGUCCCCUCAGGCAUGCUUUCUGAGCUGUGAGCUGGUGUUGGAUGAUCUGUAUUUAGGAGUUCCAGAAAAGGGCUGCGUUACUCUUUUUAACCAAACACUACUGCCAGCUUUCUUCACCUGGAGCAAGCUCCAAGGUGCACAAGCUUAUCUCUGCUCUGCUACCUUCAGUCCCUCUACAGGCACUCUGGAGCCUAAUGCCAAAGCAGAAGUCUCUGUAUCAUUCACGGCUCACACUGUUGAUGAGCUGACUGAAGUGGCUGCAGUUUGUGAAGUAAAGGGAAUGAAGAGUCCAUUAGUGCUGGGCUUUUUCUGUAAAGCCAAACCUCUUAGUGUGUCAUACUCACUGCCUCAUACUGACUGUGUUAAUUCAAGCAAUGCAGAUGGCCGGCCAAUCAAACUGGACUUCACUGAGCAUGAUCCAGUCCUCAUCGGCAAAUCAGUGAAACGGCAGCUGUUGAUAACUAAUCACACUGCUAUUACUGCUCCUUUUACUCUGGAGGCAGAGUACUUUACUGGACACUGUCCUUCACAAUCAGCUGUAAAAUCUCAAAGGAGCUCCGUCCCUCUCCAUUCCGUCCAAGGCAAAAAUAUUGAGCAGAAAGCACAUAAGGAUUUUGUGAACUGUCUGCUUGCCCAUGGAAGAGGUGCAACAUUUUUUGCAGAACCAACCAGUGGAAUGCUUGGCCCAUUUGAGAGUAAAGCCAUCAACAUCACAGCUUUCACCAAUAUGUGGGGUGAUUACCAGGACAAUCUCAUAUGUAAAGUUGGAGAUCUAAAUCCGACUCUCAUUCAGAUCCAGAUGUCUGUGAGGGGCUGCCCCAUUUACUUUCAGAUGAUUGGACCACAGCCUGACAAUCAAAACCAUGGUCCAAUUAUACGAUUUGGAAGCCAUGUUUCUGGAGGAGACACUGUGUCACGCUCUUUACGCCUCAUUAACACCAGUCCUUAUGAUAUACGUAUGGACUGGGUGACCUACAACCUGGAGGUUGGAGACAGUAAGUUAAUAGACCUGUUGGUUGCAUGUGGUGAACCCUUUCCUCUGAAGGAUGCUGAUGGCAAUGAGGUUGUCGGAGGGAUGGACUCAUGCGUCAUGUUCCCAUCCACAUGGGACAUGAGUCACACCCCCAGCAGAGAAGACACAAGCUCGUCCUUCAUGACCAAGUCUGAUGAUUUUACAGAGAAUGUGGAAGAAUGUAAUGGAGAGGAGAACAAUGGAGAUCCGAUAUCUCUGGCUCCAGUAAAGAAGCUGCUCUCUGUGUUCCUAAAUCCUCAUGAAGGGAAUGUCUCUGACUACCCAUACUGCAUCACUCCACAGCAAACAGUGGUUCCAGCAGGGGGCAGUAGCACCAUACAUGUGUCUUUUACUCCUCUGAUCCUGUCAUGCCCAACCAAUCAAAGUUGUUUGGGUUAUGCUCUGGGUUUCAUGUCUCUAGACUCAAAGGUGGCAUCAUUGACUCCAGGCAAAGUGGAGAGAGUCCAGGGCUAUGAACUAGAGCCUUUGAGACUAGACAUGCAGGCUUUUGUUAAACAUGCCAUUUUGUCAGUGCAGAUGGAAGAGGAUAUGGAGGUACUGCAAUUUUCUGCUGCUGCGAGUGAUACACUAGACAGAGAAUCACACAAACAGAAGGAAUCCAGGAUAACUCGGACAUUCCAGUUGAAGAACAAUACUGAUAUGCCCUUGAGUUUCAGACUAAGUACAAACCCUCCGUUCUCAGUGCUGCUGCCCCGUCAGAUGGUUAAACUUAGUACCAGCUCGCCCUCUCACAGACACACACAAGGAUUCUCAGCACCAGGAGAUGAACAAUCAUCACUUCUGCUGCAGCCCAAAAACAUCAUACUGGUUAAAGUGGCUUUCCACAAUUCACCUUCACUCCUGACCAGCCCGAGUCAACCAUGUGAGGAAUCAGAUGCCCAGCUCUCUGCUACCCUCUUGUGCAAUGAUGUUGGAGAAAGGACACUACAAUUUCAGCAGAGUCUGACCAUUCAAUACAGCAAUAACAGUGUGCAGACUGUGUCCCUUUGUGCCCACGUGGCAUUACCCACUUUGCACCUUUCUAGUAACACUGUGGAUUUUGGCACCUGCCAUGUUGGACAGACAUGUGUUAAAGAAGUCUACCUCUACAAUAGAGGUGGCUCAAGUAGCUACUGGACUGCACUCGCAGAACCUGAGGGUGGGAUUGAAGUGUUCAGACUGUGUCCAGACUCUGGUGUGCUGAAACCUCUUGGGGUUCCACCAUACUGUAGACAGCUGUUGCAGAUCAAUUUCACUGCCAGUGAUCAGAAAGAGUUCCAGACAACCAUCACAGUGCAUGGGAUUCUUGGAGAGACCCCACUUCUUCUUAAGGUCCAUGGAAGAGGAGCACUUGAUGAGAGUUUUGAAUCUCCAAUAUCCAACACCUGACAAAAAGACUCGAGUGUCCAGUUUUUCUUCUGAAAAUACUAGACACACAACUUAUAAAAACAUAACAUUCUUUGGUUUGAUGACACACUGAUCUUAGUUGUCUUAAAAAGCUCUAUUUGUGAAACAGUUUUCUGUUUUUAAUUGUAAAGUAUUCUAAAGAAUCUUUAGGUAAACAAACCGCAUGAUUUCAGAUUACCCAGAGAGUUUUUUGUGAAACAAAGAUUAAAGAUUGAGUUGUAUUUAAACAGGGAUUUCACAUAUACCUAGCCUUUGAAACAUAUAUUCCAAGCAUUUUGUUUUAUUGUAAUGAAUAGUUUCCUGAAAUACAUUACAAAUCAUAGUAAAUUACACUAGUCUUCAAUACUAAAAAUACCACUAUUGUUUUUAUAAUUCUGAAUACUUAGAAAUACUUCUGUCAGUAUCCAUAUGGAAAGAUCAUCAGAUUAAUGUGUCACAGACAAAGUACGGAGAUCAAAUAUACCUUAGAAUACGUUUCAGGUAUGAUUGCUAUCACAGAUACAGUAAUAUCUAAUUCCAUUAUUUUUUAUUAGUUGAAGUACAAGGCACUUUAAAGAGAGAUCUGAAAUGUUAUCAUUACCAUCCUCAAAAGUAAGACAAACAUCCAGCAGUAAACUGUAUGCUUUUUCUGCUUGUGUUCUACAGUUAGUGUUUUAGCAGCCUGAAUAAAAAAUUAUAAUUUGCAAUUGUCACUCUGUGUCUCAUCAGGAGAUUUGCAGAUUUGAGAGGGCUUUCACAGCUGUCCAGGGUACUCAAAAACUGCAGCCCCUCCCAUUCCAUUCCCAAUGCACAUAGACACCACG